AUGGUCCGCGCCAUCAGUCAAUCAUCGAUGGCUCUUUGCAGAAUUUUCUAUGCAGUUCUCUUGGGUUUCAUCUUUCAAGCGCAGAACACGAGCUGCUUUUCACCGAGUUCUACAACUGUAUCAUCUCAUGCAAAAAGCUCCUACCAUCACAUUCACAAUCAACAAGCUAGAAUAAUUGAUGGCUCUGUUCAAAGGCAUACAUACUUGGCUAGCAGCAGUGACUCGUCAGUUACAACAGCAGCUCCUCCCGUACCAUGGACCAUGGAGGAAUUGGAAGAACAAAUAAACCAAUGUGGCUUUGUGGUUUCCUUCUCCACCUUUGGACCUGGCUAUCGUGCCGUGGCACGGGCACAAUUCAAUGAAUCUAUAGUCUUGGGCUAUGUGGAAGGUUUUGUACGACCAGCAGGAAAAAUUCUGCAUUUGGACAAGAUGGAAGUAUACAAACCAAUGGUGGAGAAGGCUCGAAGAGAAGGAGGGGAGUCAGCUUUUGACUUUGGUGGUGUCGGCGCAGCUAUUGGGCUACUUUUGGGCUAUCGAUGCAUGCUGCACGGCUUGGAAAAAGGGUGCUCAAUAGCCGAAUUCUUGGCUAUUGACGACGAAGAAUUUCAACACAAGAGACUGGUGAAAUACUACAAACAGUUUGGCUUCAAGAUUGUCAAGUAUGUUGGAGAGGAUGUCCAAGAUAUCCCAGACAGAUUAGUUUGGGGAGGAUGCGGCACUCUAAUGAGAGAAGAGAUACCCAUUCUGCUAAAGAAAUUUUCUCGCCUAUUGGCCUUGAUGAAGACUAGGCAAGAAGCGAAGAAUAAUUAG